GUACGGGGCAGGGCCUCGGGGAGGCCCAAGUUGGGAGCCGAUGGACUGGCAGGAAGAGGAGGCCCCGAGGAGGACGGAGGAGGGACGGACGAAGGAACGAGAGGGGAGGGAGAGGGACAGGAGGGAGAUGAGAGGGCGAGAGGAGGGAGAGAACGGGGAAGCGUGAGAGGAUAAGUUUUUUUUUUUUUUCAGAUGACAUUCGAAGCACUCAGACACGAAUCAAAUCAACCCCAACCCUCAGCCAGUUUCUGGCCCAAGUCCUGGUGCCCGAGCGGCGCCCUGGCCCGAAGGACACAGACCUGCGCAGCGCGGGACCAUGGCGUCUCAGGAGCCAGAGUCGUUGCCUGACAGCAAUGAUCAGGGUCCCGACGAGACUGUGCCCAGCUCCCCCGUCGAGACCCAGACGCUCGGGGUCGAGGCAGACAGCGAGCAACCCGCCGAGCCCGUGGCCCUCAUGCCGCCCUGUGAGGGCAACGGCGGCACCGGGCCCGAGGACGAUAGCUCCGACACCCAGCCAGCUACUCAGACUGAGAUCGAUGCAACGAUGGCUGAGGCAUCGAUGGACCAGGCGUUCACCAGCCAGGUCCUGGAGGAUCCGUAUGCCGACGUGGUGGAGGUCAGCUCCGAUGAUGGCGAGGAGCAGGACUACCUCCACCAGCUCAAAAUGAAGAUUGAGGAGCAAGAGGUGGAGGACGCAGACGGGCUGCUAGACGCCUGCGCCGAGGAUAGCGAGGACGUGGAUGUGGAUUUCGCCAAGAGGGUGACGGAGGCCAGCAUGAAGAUUUAUGCGAUGAAGGAGACGGGGGUCGAGGCCUCGACAGCCGUGCCAUCGACAGCUGCGUCAUCUUGGGUAGGCUCGGAUGGCGACGUUGGUCGAGCACGCGACUUGGAGGCCAUGCUUGAGGAUGAGGCCAACAGCCUGAUGAGCGCAGGUCGCGACCUUCCAGCGAGUAUGGACAAGCUCAUGGCCGACGCCCACAAGGCCACCAGCAAUGAUAACUUGUUGUCGGAUAUGGAUGUCUUGAACUUGAAUGAGCCGAGGGCGAAAUUCUUCAAGCAGAUGAUGGCGCAGGAUUGGAAAUUCGAUGCUCGGGGUGCCGCUGGCAAUCCAGCGGGCGGCCAGUGGGACAGAUUCAUCAACGGCAAGAGCGAAGAGAGCAUCGAAGCGAAGCAGAACUACAAAGCACUUGGCCGCAACCCCGAUGCGCAGCGCGACUUCCGCGCGAGGUGGAUGAAGAAGCAGUUCACGGAGUGGAAGCAGGAGAAGGUCAAGAUGGAGCGCUUGUCGAGGAGGACCUUCUCUGACGAGCGCUACUACGUGCUGAACCGCAUCAUCACGGAGGAGGGCGGGGGCAAGAGAGGAGAACAGAACGCGAUCAACUACACGUUGAAAUGCGUUGCGAUGGGGCCACCGUUCUACAAGUGGUGCACGUGGCGCAAGGACUGGCUGUACCUUUACAGGAUCGACGGCAUCGAGGAGUCGUACGAGGAGCGCUGGCAGCUGACGAAGACGGCCUACAGCUCGGGCAGCACCGAUAUCAAGAACAAGGACUCCUGGCUGAGCAUCGGCACGAGGGCUGCAAUGUUGCAGAAUGAGGCGGCUCCUGCGCCGCCUGCACCGCCUGCAGAGGCGCAGGUGGAGCCCGAGGAGAAGCCCGAGGUGACGGCAGAGGAGAAGGCAGAGGAGACGGCAGAGCCGAAAGCCGAGGAUGAGACGCAGCCAGAGCCUCCCACAGAGCCUGAGGGUCGCAGGAGGAGGCGCAAGGGUCCUGAGCAGCCAGCUGCAGAGCCUCCAACUCCAGAAGAGCAACCCAAGAAGAGGAAGGCGAACUCUCUGAUCAGCGAUGCCAAGGCUGCCAAGCUCGCCUACAGCAUGGCCAUCACCGCAGCAGAUGCGUUGAUCUCCGACGUGAAAGGUACCGACGAAAGCUGGACCGUGUUCGACACGCCAGGCCACAUCGGAAAGGUGUUGAAAGCCAGGGAGAACCUCGACAAGGAGCUGAAGAGCAAUGUGAACUUCUCGAAGUUCAUCAGCGGCGACGUCGCGGAGAUGCUCCAGAAGAUCAAGGCGAAGAAGAACGAGGAUGCCAUCUCUCAGUUCGAGCGCUGGCUGCAGGACUUCAGCGAGAAGGUGAACCCUGGAAGCAACAAGCUCGUGAAGGCGACGCGUAUGAUUGUGUCAAUGCACGACGCGUGGGUCACCGAGAGCGCGAAGCUCGCGAACAAGUCAGAUGGCCAGAAGCGCAUGCGGAGCUCGUCUGCGGCCUGA